AUUUAAGGUCCCGACCGCAACUGUCAUUAGUAAACUCCGGUUAUCCAAGUGGGCGCCAUACCGGAAACUAUCACUACACGUGACGAAAGAGAAAUGCUCAUUACUAAAGUAUUAGGUAAAUAUCUUUUACGUUAUUGGAAUACGGUCAGUUGGGGGUCAGUCAUCGUUGAACGUACACCGUUCGUACUAGAAUUCAAGGGGAAGAAUUUCUUCGUAAUCAUUGUUAUCAAGAAAUCAUCGCAAUGGAUCACGCUGUAAAUGAUUCACAGCCUUGCCAGUUGUCUGAUGGCCAUAUCAGUGGAUUACUGUCCGUAAACAUCUUAUCAAUGAUUAUUGGCACAAUUGGUAAUUUAUUGGUGAUUGGAACAGUAUUCACGAAUGCCAGUUUACAGAUCAUUUCCAAUUACUGGUUAGCAAGCAUGGCUGUGGCUGAUUUGAUGGUAACGGCGCUCAGUCAACCGUUGUUUUCCACUUUCCUUGGUCUGCAGUUACGCGACGAAUGCCACGAAUUUGUUUCUCAGGCAUUCCGUUUGAUCGCCAACAUGUCGUGCUCCGCGUCUGUUCUUCAUCUCUGCCUGAUAAGCAUUGAUCGAUGCCUAGUGAUUCUGCGGCCCCAUGAUUUUCGAAGCUACCGCACCAAAAAACGAUUCAAAAUCGCUCUGGUUUUCUCGUGGACUUUGCCGGUGAUCUAUGGGAUCUUACGUGUGACCGUGAGCAAGAAAGGCACUUCUUAUUUCACAGUCGCAGCUGUUGGUAUCUGUUAUCUGAUUAUCAUUUUGUGCUACAGUUUGAUCAUUUUUAAAGUCCGAAAACAAGGUUCGGCCACUCUCAAGCGGUUGCGUGGACAGUCACGUAGGAGUACACCUUCUGAACACAUGGUUGAGCGUCGCGUGACAGUCACGAUAGCCAUAGUUGUCGUUAUUUUCACAAUUUGUUGGUUUCCUCUCCUUUACCUGCGCUCUGCUUUCGCAGAAGCAAAUUUUGGCGCGGCUUAUAACUGGGCGAGGACUCUGGCUUUAAGCAAUUCGUCGAUGAAUCCUUGGAUCUAUUGCUUUCGUAUCGCUGAGUUUCGUGACGCUUACAGAAGAUUGAUGAAAUGUCAGUGGAAACCAAGCACAGUGUGUCGCGGUGGAACAGGAGAUCGAGAACAGAACGAUUUAGACACAACAAAGUCUAGUGAGUUAGACAACCAAAAUAGUGUUUGAUCUGACUGCUUUGUCACUGACUUUCUGGCUCAAAAUAACUGUCAGAAUUUGUAAAAUAUUUCAUAAUGGUUGUGGUAAAAUAUAUGCGGCAUUCUCUGAGUCAGAGUGUAAUUCAAAAAUAACAGUUCGGUUUUGAGUUAUAUUUUGAUAUCUGAUCAGUUUGUACAAAUGGAACGGAAGGAAGAAGUCGAGCUCUUGAACAAUUUGGUACAAAAGAAAAUGACGAUAGCAUCCUUUAAGUUUAAUAUUCUUUUAGAUAAAUGUAUAUUAAAUAUUAGUUGUUCUUUGCUGUCACGAAAUGAUUCACGGAAGAGUCUGCUUAGAGCUUCUAUCAAAAACUUCACAAACGAGACACGACAAUCGGUUUUUUUUUCUGCGCCGUCUCGGUUGGGAUUUUUACAAUUUAUUGUUUUCGUUUUGUGCUGGGAUUUUGUCCACUAACGGUUGUAUUAAGUUUGGGAAGUUAUCUUUUUGCAGAAUAUUGAUUGUUUGUUGUGUUUUUUUUUUGGUGAAUAAAGAAAACAUGAUAUUAAUCUUA